AUGUCAUCAGGAAACUGUGCUUUUAUCCCGAUUCAUUUUCCGUGGGCGGAGUUGCUGGAUGUUGCCGAUGUUUGGAACAGACGACUGCUGGAACUGAUGAACAAAUAUUUGGUAUUCCCUUACACGCUCAGCGACGUCACGAACUACUUUCGGGUUUUGCUGUUGUAUGUGACAAGUGUUCUAGAAUCCUCAGGACACGUGGAGAAGAGUGUUUUGAUGUUGAUUACACACGUGCCGAUCGUCUUCUACUAUCUCAUCAAGCUCUACUUCUGCAAAGUGGCCAAAAUAUCUACAAUGAAGGAAGCAUCUGUCACAAACGUUGAAGACCAUGGAAAUGAACACGAGACGGAGGCGAAACGUCUACAUCCGAAAAUUCAACCUCUCCAUGAAUGCAAUAAACAGCUGGAGUUAGAUAUAGAUCAGAAAGCGAGGGAACUGGACGCUAUGGCGAGGACAGUCUAUUACCUUCAGCGUCAAAGCCAGUUUCAGGAACGUGACAUUGCAAAAAAAGAUGGAGAGAUAGAAGAAAUGGCCCGAACCAUAGAAUACCUACAGCGACCCAGUAGUAAAAGGUGGUCGGAUGUGCUCGACAGAGUGUACCAGAUCAAUUGCUCAGCCCCGCAGCUGGUUAGCGCCGAGUACGUGUACCUGCCGAUGGUCACCGAGAUAGAGCAAGCCGUGCCCAGGGGCUCUGAUGGGGAGAGUGACUCGGACGGUGUGGGUGACCCCGAGGCGGACCUUCAGUUAGAAUGGGACGAGUGGGGGUAGAAGCGCCCACGGGGACAGUUAUGGUGAUUCUGAUCAAUAAACAUU